AUGUCCGACUCGACGAUCUCAGAGGAGGCUGCUGGUAUAGUGCCCGCUGACCUUGCAGUUGGGGCGUCGCCGAUCCGAGAGAAUUUGAAGUCGCUGGCUGCCGGUGGGGUCGGUGGUGUGUGUGCUGUGCUGACGGGCCACCCGUUCGAUCUCGUGAAAGUGCGGUGUCAGAACGGGAUGGCCAGUUCUACUUCGGGCGCCGUACUUAAGAUUAUGACAGAUGCGAGGGCGCAGACGGGGCCAAUUGCAGUCAACGCGGUGAGGGGGUUCUACAAAGGUGUGAUCCCACCACUCCUUGGGGUCACCCCCAUAUUUGCCGUGUCGUUUUGGGGGUACGACAUGGGGAAGAGAAUCGUCAACUGGAACGGUGAACCGGGGGCCACUUUGUCCAUGGCGCAGAUGGCCACAGCAGGGUUCAUCAGUGCGGUUCCAACAACUCUCGUGACAGCCCCGACAGAGAGGGUCAAAGUCCUCCUGCAGACCAACACGGGUGGAUCCUUCGUGUCCGCGGCACGCGGUAUCGUCAAGACGGGUGGGGUCUCGUCCUUGUUCCAGGGUUCCCUCGCGACUCUCGCAAGAGACGGGCCAGGGUCCGCGCUUUACUUCGCGUCGUACGAGAUCUCGAAAAACUACUUGAACAAGCACAACGGGAGCACUAAAGAGGGUGAAAUCAGCAUUGCAAAUGUAUGUCUCGCCGGUGGGAUCGCUGGGAUGUCCAUGUGGCUUGCUGUUUUCCCCAUCGACACGAUAAAGACGAAACUGCAGGCUUCGUCCGGUGCCUCGCAAUCGAUGGUCCAAGCGACAAGAGAGAUCUACUUGACUCGAGGUGGGAUCAAGGGGUUUUUCCCCGGGUUGGGUCCAGCUCUCAUGAGAUCGUUCCCUGCAAACGCAGCGACCUUUUUGGGGGUCGAGAUGACACACUCACUAUUUAAGAAGUAUAACAUUUAA